AACUUGUCGCUUCGAUCGCCUUCGUCGACAGCUCGAUCGAUCCGUCGAAUCGGCGGCAGCAAUCUUAACUCGUCCCUCGUUCUUCGCCUACGUGUGUUGCAGACAGGUGAAGCGGUGAACCCGAAGGCCUACCCGCUCGCCGACGCCCAGCUCAACACCACCAUCCUCGACCUCGUCCAGCAGGCCGCCAACUACAAGCAGCUCAAGAAGGGCGCCAACGAAGCUACGAAGACCCUGAACAGGGGCAUCUCCGAGUUCGUCGUGAUGGCCGCCGACACCGAGCCGCUCGAGAUCUUGCUUCAUCUCCCGCUGCUCGCGGAGGAUAAGAAUGUGCCGUAUGUCUUUGUCCCUUCAAAACAAGCACUUGGUCGAGCAUGUGGAGUUACACGACCUGUCAUUGCAUGUUCAGUGACAUCAAAUGAGGGAAGCCAGUUAAAAUCCCAGAUCCAACAGCUCAAGGAUGCCAUAGAGAAGCUAUUAAUCUGAAACUACAUCCUGCAUGUUCGGUGUGAUGGGCCUCUUUGUCCGUGCGUUUGCUCUCCAAGAGGCUUUGACUGAGGAAUGUGUUAGCUUUAAAGUUUUCGUGUGUCGGCUUAAUGAAGAGUUUUGGUCUUUGGAGUUUCUUUCCUCCAGGUUCCAUGUGCAAACAAUUUGUAUCUCGGUAGCUAAUAGUAAUCGUUGACAUGCUGUAAGCUGAUAUUUUUAGUUGUGUUUGUGAUC